AUGGCACACUCCUCUGUGGCUCGGUCCCCCGCUCCCCUCUGGGAAGUGUCAGUCUGCGGCAACUCCCAGGGCGAAGCUGAGCCACCUCCCGGGAUGGAAGGAGAGGCAGCCAUGUCUGAUCCAGCUCAACCACCUGAUCUUGGAGCAGGACCACAAGGAGGAGAAUCUUCUGGAGGUCCUCCCAAAUCACCACCAAAUUUGACCAGCAAUCGCCGCCUGCAGCAGAGUCAAGCGGAAGUGGACCAAGUGGUGGACAUAUUGCGUGACACCGUGAACAAAGCCAUAGAGCGAGAUGUCAUGAUAAGUAGCCUGGAUGACAAAGCAGACUCUCUCCACGAGAGCGCCAAGGUGUUUGAAAACAGCACGACUGCUCUGGCCAGGAAAUACUGGUGCCAGAACAUGAAGAUGAUGAUUAUUUUGGGAGUGAUCUGUGGUAUUGUGGUCAUCGCAACUGUAGGGACUACGGGGAGAACCCAGAAUGAAGCUGCUGUCUUCUCUUUGAAGCUGCCGUUUUUCUCUCGGCUUGUCGGAGGGACAGACCGACUACCCAGAUGA